AUGAGAGACAAAGGAUUUUCAGCGCUUCGUCCGAUCUUCUGCUUCGCUUCCUUUCUUGUAACGCUGCACCUCGUUUAUGGAGACCUGAGUUAUUCUGUUCCAGAAGAGAUGAAACGAGGGUCUAUUAUUGGAAAUAUUGCAAAGGAUCUCGGUCUUGAUUUGAGGACCUUAUCUUCCCGAAAGGCCCGUGUUGAUUUUGAGGGAUCUAGUAAGCGGUACUGUGACAUUAAUCUGAGUACCGGGGAUUUGACAGCAUUGGAGAGAAUUGACAGAGAAAGUCUUUGUGGCAAGAAACCAUCAUGCUUGUUAACAGUAGAUUUAGUGUUAGAAAAUCCUUUGGAGCUUCAUCGUGUAAGUCUUCACAUUCAAGACGUUAAUGACAACUCGCCAAAAUUCAGAGAAGAUUUGAUUGAAAUGGAAAUUAGGGAGUCUGCUGAGAAGGGCAAUCGCUUCUCCAUCGAGGAGGCCCAUGACGCAGAUAUAGGUCAAAAUGCUGUUCAGAGGUACAGCCUACAAAAAAACGACAACUUUAUUCUCGCUGUUGACAGUAACAAGGUUGAACUCGUACUGGAAAAUAAACUUGACCGAGAGAAACAAAAAGAGCUGAAUUUGCUUCUCACAGCUUUGGAUGGUGGGUCUCCUCAGAGAUCAGGUACCGUAGUCAUACACGUCACUGUGCUGGAUGCUAAUGAUAACGUCCCAGUGUUUAGCCAGACCGUUUAUAAAGCCAGUCUGCCUGAAAACUCUCCUCCUGAUACCAUAGUGAUUAAAGUCAGUGCUACUGACGCAGAUGAAGGAGUAAAUGGAAAUGUGACAUAUCAGUUUGGCCAUGUAUCUGACAAUGAUGUAAAUGUUUUUUCUAUUGAUCCUAAAACGGGAGAAAUUAAAGUAACUAGUGUGAUUGACUUUGAAGAAAGGAAUUCUUUUGAAAUGAGAGUGCAAGCUAAAGAUGGUUUAGGGCUAACAUCGUACGCCAAAGUUAUAAUAGAUGUUACUGAUAUAAAUGAUAAUGCUCCAGUUAUAUAUCUGAAAUCAUUGUCUAACCCCAUACCUGAGAACGUGUCACCUGGUACAGAGGUGGGCAUCAUUAACGUGCAGGACAGAGACUCUGAGAAUAACAGACAGAUACUGUACCCCGCCCCGGAGGGCAACUCCUUCAUGACCGAGCUGGUCCCCAAAGCUGCACACGGAGGCUCUCUGGUGUCCAAAGUGAUAGCGGUGGACGCGGACUCCGGACAGAACGCCUGGCUGUCCUAUCAUAUAGUGAAAUCCACUGAUCCGGGAUUUUCACUAUUGGUCUCCACAGCGGAGAGAUCAGGACACAGGAAAAUGAUGGACCACAGAGGACAAUCGUUCAGUUUUGUCUGUGGCUUUGCUCUUUUUAUCCACAUUACCACCGCAGACCUGAGCUAUUCUGUUCCGGAGGAGAUGAGGCCUGGAUCCAUUGUUGGAAAUAUUGCCAAGGACCUCGGGCUGGAAGUGGGGAAAUUGUUGACUCGUAAAGCCCGUAUUGAUACCGAGGAAAGCUACCAGAAUUAUUGCGCUAUUGAUCUAAAAACGGGAGAUUUUGUCAUCAGGGAAAAGAUUGACAGAGAGGAGUUUUGUGGGGAGAAGGUUUCGUGUAUGCUUAAAUUCGAAUUAGUCCUAGAGAGCCCUUUGGAGCUGCACCGCAUUUCACUGCUCAUCCAGGAUGUAAAUGACAAUUCACCCGUUUUUCCAAAGGAAGUAGUUAAAUUGGAAUUAAGAGAAUCUGCCGACAAAGGAGCUCGGUAUCGUGUCAACGAAGCACAUGAUGCGGACAUCGGGCAAAAUACCGUUAAACAAUACAAUUUACAAAAGAAUGAACAUUUUAUUUUGUCUGUUCGAGAAGAUACUGAUGGAUCUAAGAGCGUGGAGUUGGUGUUGGACAAAGAACUAGACCGUGAGAAAGAGCACGAUUUAAAUUUCAUGCUGAUUGCGGUUGAUGGCGGCAAUCCACAAAGAUCAGGAACUGCAAAUAUACACGUGACUGUGCUGGAUGCCAAUGAUAACGCUCCGGUGUUUGACCAGGCCUUUUACAAAGCCAGUCUGCCUGAAAACGCUGCCCUUGACACGGUUGCUAUUACUGUAAGUGCCAGUGAUGCAGAUGAGGGAAUCAAUGGGGAGGUGACUUAUGAAUUUAGUCGUAUUUCAGAAAGAGCUAAAAAAGUUUUCUCACUGAGCAGUAAAACUGGAGAGAUAAAAGUCAUAGGACCACUUGAUUUCGAGAGUAAUUCUAAAUAUGAAAUGCGCAUCGAUGCCAAAGAUGGUUAUGGACUUUCGUCUGAUUCCAAAGUCAUGAUUGAUAUUACUGAUGUUAAUGACAACGCUCCAGUGAUAUAUUUGAAAUCCCUGGUGAAUCCCAUACCUGAGAAUGUGUCACCUGGUACAGAGGUGGGCAUCAUUAACGUGCAGGACAGAGACUCUGAUACAAACGGACAGGUCCGCUGCUCCAUUCAGCAGAAUGUCCCUUUAAAGUUGGUUCCUUCCAUUAAAAACUAUUAUUCUCUGGUGACCACAGGACAACUGGACCGUGAACUAGUGUCUGAUUACAACAUUACAAUCACUGCCACUGACGAGGGAUCUCCACCUCUGUCCUCCUCUAAAACUGUUGAGUUAUCUGUAGCUGACAUCAACGAUAACCCACCUGUGUUUGAGGAACAGUCGUACAGCGCAUAUGUGACUGAAAAUAACAAACCUGGCUCCACUUUAUGUUCCGUUACUGCUCGAGACCCCGACUGGAGACAAAACGGUACAGUGAUUUAUUCUCUGUUAGCUGGUGAGGUGAACGGUGCCCCGGUGUCCUCCUAUCUGUCUGUUAACGGAGACACGGGGGUGAUCCACGCUGUGAGGUCAUUUGAUUAUGAACAGUUCAGGAGUUUUAAAGUCCACGUGAUGGCCAGAGACAACGGUUCUCCUCCGCUCAGCAGCAACGUGACCGUCAGUGUCUUCAUAUCAGAUGUGAACGACAACUCUCCUCAGAUACUGUACCCCGCCCCGGAGGGCAACUCCUUCAUGACCGAGCUGGUCCCCAAAGCUGCACACGGAGGGUCUCUGGUGUCCAAAGUGAUAGCGGUGGACGCGGACUCCGGACAGAACGCCUGGCUGUCCUAUCAUAUAGUGAAAUCCACUGAUCCGGGACUUUUCACUAUUGGUCUCCACAGCGGAGAGAUCAGGACACAGCGGGACAUUUCUGAAUCUGACAGCAUGAAACAGAACCUUAUUGUGGCAGUGAAAGAUAACGGACAGCCCUCUCUCUCUGCCACCUGUUCCAUGUAUUUACUUAUUUCUGAUAAUUUAGCUGAGGUGCCAGAACUGAAGGAUAUUUCUUAUGAUGAGAAGAAUUCCAAACUGACCUCUUACCUGAUCAUCGCUCUGGUGUCUGUGUCCACCUUUUUUCUGACUUUCAUCAUCAUCAUCCUGGGUGUGAGGUUUUGUCGCAGGAGAAAGCCCAGACUGUUGUUUGACGGAGCAGUCGCCAUCCCCAGCGCUUAUCUGCCUCCUAAUUAUGCAGAUGUUGACGGCACAGGAACUUUACGCAGCACUUACAAUUAUGACGCGUACCUGACAACAGGUUCUAGAACCAGUGACUUUAAGUUCGUGACAUCUUACAAUGACAACACACUUCCUGCUGACCAGACUUUGAAGAAAAGCCCAACAGACUUCCUCGAAGCUUUUAUCGAGUCUGACGAUUCUUCCCAGGUAAAGACUCCAUAG